UCGAUGAGAAGCAGUCGAGGAACUCCAUUCUAACUGAAUGGAUUGGUAUGGGGAGAAGCGGACCUCAGAUCACGGCUAAGCGGCAGCUUUGGGACUGUGUAACGUUGACGAUGGUUUUACUUUCGCUGCUGUUUCGACCAGCUCACUGCCAGCAGUGUCGAAUCCAGCGCUGUAAUGCGGAGUAUGUGGCUUCUACCUCACCCUCUAGUGGUCUGCAGGAGGACGUGGCUCUGGAUGUGGACUACUGCAUCGCCCUGAGGGCCUAUGCCCUGUGCACCCGGCGGCAGGCACGCAGCUGUAGGGGCGACCUUGUUUACCACUCGGCCGUCUUUCGCAUUAAGGAGUUAUUCUCUCAGCAUAACUGCUCCAGCGACGGGCCCACCUCCUCCGCCAAGGUCCCCAGCACGUCUCGGCCGGCCGUGUCCGAGCUCUGCGACUACGAGAAUCGGGUCCUCGUGUCGGGCUCGGCUGGUCAGCAGAAGAAAUACGCCCACUGUGGAUUAUUCGGAGACCCACACCUACGGACUUUCCGAGACGAGUUUCAGACCUGCAAGGUGGAGGGGGCGUGGCCUCUGAUUGACAACCGCUUCCUGUCGGUGCAGGUGACCAAUGUGCCUGUUGUCCUGGGCUCCAGUGCCACGGCAACCAGCAAGAUCACAGUGAUUUUCAAGUCCUACCACGGCUGCACAGAUCAGAAGGUGUACCAGGCCACCACUGAAGAUCUGCCGCUGGCCUUUCAGGAUGGGACCCGCAGCGGCGGCGAGAGCGGCAGCCUGACCAUCGCCGAGCGAGGCGGCUCUGGAGUGGGUCGGCAGGUGAAGAUACAGGCCCGGUACAUCGGCACCUCCAUCAUCAUCCGCCGCGUGGGCAGCUACCUGACCUUCGCCAUCCGCAUGCCGGAAGACACCCUGGACUUUUCAGAGGACAAUGGUGGCCUGCAGCUGUGCCUGCACGGCUGCCCUCGCAACGAGCUCAUCAAAGAGCACACGCUGGGCCGUCAGAGCCAGCAGCCCCGUCUGCAGGGCACCAACACGGAGCUGGGCCCUCUGCGGCCUCCCCACCAGGUCUACACGGUGGAGCGGGCCACGGCCAAGUGUAGAGAGACUCUGCAGGUGGAGGACGUGUACUUUCAGUCCUGCGUGUUUGACUUGCUGACCACGGGAGACCCUGAGUUCUCUAUGGCAGCGUAUGGCGCUCUGGAGGAUUUAAAGGCGCUGCCGCCCAGUAAACUGAAGCAGAAUUCCCCAAGGACUCCUCGUCUUUACAACCGAGGAGUGUCACAGACGCUGGCAGCAACAGCAGCCAACAGCUCCCUGCUCUCACUCCUACUCCUCAUUCUGCUGCUUUUGUAAAAAAAAAAAAAAA